GGACAUGGCCGGGUACAAGCCAAAGGUGAUUUCUCUAACCAAGAGGCCGGGUCAGACGUUCGGCUUCUACUUGAGGUUGGAGCACGGUGAGGAGGGUCACCUGAUCCGCUGCCUGGAGAUGGGCAGUCCGGCCGAGUUGUCCAGCAUGAAAGACGGGGACCGUGUCCUCCGAGUCAAUGGCAAAUUUGUCGAUGGGCUUUCCCACUCUGAGGUGGUGGAGUUGGUGAGAAGCAGCGGGGCCACAGUCACCUUCCACACGCUGGACAAAGCUUCCUACAAGCAGGCCAAGAGAAAGGGGGUCAACCUGGGUGAGCCUCAGCACACACCAGCCGCCAACGGUGUGGGCCAGCAGGCUCCAAAACCAAGACUCUGCUACCUGGUCAAAUCUGGCUCCGACUAUGGCUUCUCUCUUCGCUCAGUCAAAGGCGAGCGGGGUAUGUUCAUGACGGAGCUGGUGGCGGGCGGCGUGGCUGACCGGGCCGGCGUCAACAUCAACGACCGCCUGCUGGAAGUGAACGGCGAGAACAUCGAGAGUUACACGCACGAACAACUGGUGGACAAGGUCAAUAUGGCGGGCGGGAGCCUCAUGUUCCUGGUAGUGGACGAGGAGACGGACUGGUACUACCGCAGCGUGAACGCGAAGGUGGAUGCUCGCUUCGCCACGACCAAGUGCCUCCCUCGCGAACCUCGCAUCGUCCACUUAAGCAAAGCGCCCGGCGGCUAUGGGUUCCUGCUCAAGGAGGAGGCCAACAUGACAGGCCACAUGAUCAGGGAUAUAGACAGAGGCAGUCCAGCGGAGAGAGGAGGCCUCAAGGACAUGGACAGGCUGGUGGCUGUGGACGGCCAGCAGGUGGACGCAUGCACUCACGAGCAGGCGGUGGACGCCAUCAGACAGAGUGGAAACAAGUGCUGCCUGCUAGUGGUGGACAAGGUCACUGACCUCAUGUAUGCGCAGGGUAAAGCGUCACCUAUGCUCUUCUGGGAGGAAAAGAAGGACUCGCUUUCUCCGCCAAGUUACUCCGAGGCGACCACCUUCCCCACCGUGUUUAAACCCGCUACGACUGCUCAGGAGAAGAAGAAGGACGAAGGAAUAGAGCUUAAACCUAAGUUAUGUAAGAUGGAGAAGACAGCUGCUGGAUAUGGUUUUCAUCUCAACGGCAUCCAGGGUGUGUUUGGACAGUGCCUUAAAGAGGUGGUGAAAGGCGGUGCCGCCGACAUGGCCGGCCUGGAGGAUGACGACAUCGUGGUGGAGGUGAACGGGAAGAACGUGGAGCAGUGCAAGCACGAGGAGGUGGUGGACAUGAUCCGCGCCACGGGCAACUGGCUGGAGAUGCUGGUGGCCGCCAAGAGCGUCUACGAGCAGCUCAAGGCCAGAGGAACGGCUGUCACGCGUCAGCUCCUCGGCGAGACGUCGCAAGCUCAAGUCCACAGCGAAGAUCAGGAGACGGCACCGGCUAAAGAGAGGACCUCAUCUGUGUCUUCAUCUUCAUCUUCUAUUAGUAUGGAUGACAGAUUUUAAGAAGCAACAACAUGAAGUUAAAUGUUUUCCUAACAAUCCUCAUCAAUGGACAAAAGAACCAGAAAAAGAAUACUCACUGGUAGAGGAAGAGGAUGCUGGACAGGGCGCUGACCAGGAAGAUGACGUCGAACCAGCGG